CGCCCUCGUCCCCCAUGCGGCAUGCCGCGCUGGCGGCCCACGUAGGCCGCGGCGCAAGGUCGCCGUGCCAUCUCGCGUGAGGCCCGUUCUCCGUCGUCGCUCCGCUGGCGCCCUCCCAGAGGCGAGGAGUGGCUCACGGCGUCGCUGGACGGCACAUGCCCGGAUCUGGCGCGCCGCGUCCGGGGAGCUGCUGCGCACGCUGGGCGGGCACGAGGAAGCGCAGAUACUGUCCGCGGCCUUCUCGCCAGACGGGCGGCGCGUGAUCACGGCCUCGGCCAACCGCGUAGCGACGAUAUGGUCCGCCGCCUCGGGGGAGCGCCUUCUCGCCCUGGAGGGCCACGAGGAGGCGGUGCACCGGGCCACCUUCUCGCCCGACGGUCGUCGGGUGCUGACCGCGUCCUGCGACUGCACGGUGAAGAUCUGGUCCGCGGCGUCGGGCGAGUGCGAGCGGACGCUCGACGGCCACUGCGCCUCCUUCUCCUCCGCGUGCGGCGCCGGAGGCCCGCCGUGGCACGCAGACGCGAGCCGAAGCUCAAGAGGCGACCGUCGAUAUGGACUCGACGACCUCUCCGACUCAACGCUCCACCGAGGAGGGCCUUCAGAUCCUCAUGCGCGCCGCAGCGGCGGGGAAGGGCGUCCUCUGCGACCGGCUGACGGCGCUCCACGUCCGCCCGGGCAUCUGAUCCGCGCGCUCGCCUGGCCGUGCUUCUCGCUCGGUCUGGCUCUUCUGGCUCGUGUCGGCCUUCGGCAUUGGUGGCCGACGGGCCCGCCCGUGCGCCCUGGUUCGGGGGCGCCUCGCGGCUGA